AUGGCCUACCUGCAGACCUUGACCAAGAGCUUCUCAGGAUGGGUCUUCUGCUGCUGCUGUUGCUGUCUCCCUCUUCUUCUCACCAGCCCUCUGCCUCCGAAAGGGGCAGGGGUGGCUUCUACUGCCCAUCAUGCCUGCAAGCUCAGGAAGAUCAACUUCCAGCAGCCCUACAUCAGGAAUCGCACCUACACCUUGGCUAAAAUGGCCAGGGUCUCGGACCAGGACACCGACAACAGGCUCAUUGGGCAGCAGCUCUAUGUUAACGUCAAGGAGAACAACCGCUGCUACAUGAUGAAGAGGAUUGUGGAGAUUGUAGUGCAAGAUGUCCUCCUCACUAAGGUCAAGGACCAGUACCCGUACGCUGAGGAGGUGGCACAGUUCUUGGCAUCCCUGACCUCGGAGCUGAGCAGAUGUAAAUGCUCAGGACACAGAGAGCACAUUGAAAAGAACCUGGAAGAAAUGAAGAGCAAAAUGAAACAGUUGGGAGAGAAUGGAAAGACUAAAGCCAUUGGAGAACUGGAUUUACUGUUUGACUAUGUAGAAAAUGCCUGUACUGAUGCCCCAAAGAAGGGAGGGAACAAGAAGAAAAACUGA